GACGGACAAGGGCCCCAGCAGUCCCAUCUGUCCGUUCUUACAAGUUUCCCCACCCCGGACCUAGGUAUAUGCAAAUUCACGUUAACUUGCGUUUUGCCACCGCCGCUGGCCCAACUUAGAAGCUGACUGAGGACUCUUUUUGCCCAAGAAUGCUUCGAUAUCCAUAUUUUUGUAAAAUGCAUAAAGGACUGUUUUCAUACUUUGUGGAAUUUGGUGCAUUUCAUUUGGGUGUCUGUCCCCAAACAAUGCACACUACAGCAAGAGCAUAUGCUGAAUUUGAAGCCUUGGAGGAGAAAGCUCCGUGUGGCACCCAGAAGGGACAGAGACCAGAAGACAAAGAUUCUGAAGCCAUGGCUGAGUUGCACAUUCCAGUAAUGGUGAAUGAAGUUGUUCAUUGUUUGACACCACAAAAAGGGCAGGUUUUUCUAGAUAUGACAUUUGGUUCAGGAGGGCACACAAAAGCCAUUCUGCAAAUGGAACCAGAUAUUACUGUCUAUGCCUUAGACCGAGACCCAACAGCCUAUGCUAUAGCUGAGCAGCUUUCAGAAGAGUAUCCGAAGCAGAUCCAGGCUAUGUUGGGCCAAUUCAGCCAGGCAGAGGCUUUGCUAAUGAAAGCUGGAGUGCAGCCAGGGACUAUCGAUGGAAUUCUUUUGGAUCUUGGGUGUUCCUCCAUGCAACUUGAUGCCCCUGAGCGAGGUUUCUCCCUUCGGAAGGAUGGCCCCUUGGACAUGAGGAUGGAUGGAGACAGGUACCCUGACAUGCCUACUGCCGCUGAUGUUGUGAAUGCCUUAGAUCAACACGCACUUGCUUCCAUCCUAAGAGCAUAUGGAGAGGAGAAGCAUGCCAGGAAAAUUGCUUCUGCAAUCAUUCAAGCGCGCAGCAUAUAUCCUAUCUCUAGAACGCAGCAGCUUGCCAGUGUUGUUGCAGGUGCCUUUCCUCCCUCAGCCAUCUAUGCAAGAAAAGACUUGCUACAAAGAUCCACCCACAUUGCUACCAAGACUUUCCAAGCCCUUCGCAUAUUUGUGAACAACGAACUCAAUGAACUCUAUAUCGGACUGAAGACAGCACAGAAAUUUCUGAAAACUGGUGGUCGCCUUGUUGCCCUAUCCUUCCAUUCUUUAGAAGAUCGCAUUGUCAAACGAUUUUUGCUUGGGAUAAGCAUGACAGAAAGAUUUAACCUAAGCAUUAGACAGAAGGUGAAGCAAAUGUCUCAGCAAGAUUCCGAUCAUGAGGUUGAGGGGAGAAGCUCUGAAAGAGCUCCUCUGAUGUGGGAACCCAUACACAGGAAGGUGCUUACUCCUGGAGAUCGAGAUGUCCAAGAUAACCCCAGAGGGCGCUCAGCCAAGCUCAGAGCAGCUAUCAAAUUAUGAGGAUCUUAUUAUUUGAUCCUCAAAUUUUCCCUCAAUAUUUUUAUUUUUUUCUAAUUUAAAACCAUGUUUCUGAAUAGUUUAAUGCAAUGUAAAGUAUGAGGAAGUCUGGAAAUUAAUGGUAUAUGGCUUUUUUUCCUCUGAAGAAAAUGUAGGAAGUUUUAAGAUGACCUAAAAAAAGCCUUACACCCAGGGAGCAGGGAGUGUCAAAAGUGAAAAUUAUGCAUUGAUCUAUGCAUUUUAUUUGAAUUAUAAAAUGAAAUCUCUUCUUUGAUGAGGAAAUAGAAAAACUAUAACAUUAUGUUAAUCUUAAUUGUGAGCUCAAACUGUCCAAGAGAAUGAUAACCAUAUCUGUAUUCCCUAAAUUUCAAAUUAAGAUAGUCACAUUUGCAGUGGAUAUUCUAUGGCUCAAAUAAUUCAUGAUGAUCAUGGAACAAUUUAUAAUUUUUCCUACCAUAGCCUUUUCAAAUGUAAGCUUUUUAUAAAUUGUAAUUUUCCAACAUUAUUUAAAAUAUGCCUUACUGAUGAUUUUCACUAGGGAAAUCAUAGCUCAUUACUUUAAAGGAUUUUUUUGGUAUGAUCCAUGUUUCAUGUAUUUCAAAGUAAGCAUGUGGAAUUGUCCUAACAGCCCUCAUAGAAAAUUUGAGGUACAGAACUUAUAUUUUCUGUCAAUUGUAUCUAUUGCACUAAUGUACAAUACCUUAGUAAACAAUAUAAUUUCUUGUUUGCAACUUGUGGUUUUGUUUAUUUAAUUUUU